GGCAACGGCGCAGCAAGAUGGCGGCGCCGGAGACGGAGGUGGUGGCGGCGGUGGGUCCCGGGGCUGGCCCUGAACAGCAAGUGACUAGCAAUGGAACUGCUGGGGGAGGCGAAGGGGUUGCUGAGACCCAGCAACAGAAUCAACCCCAACAGCAAGCGCCAAACGCCUGGCAGGUCAUCAAAGGAGUUUUGUUCAGGAUCUUUAUCAUUUGGGCCAUCAGCAGUUGGUUCCGUCGUGGGCCGGCACCACAGGACCAGACCACCGCUGGUGGAGCACCCAGGGCACCAAGCCGCAAUCUCUUCCCUAAAGACACUUUAAUGGAUCUUUAUGUCUAUAUCUCAGAGCAUGAGCACUUUACAGAUUUCAACACCUCCUCGUCACUUUUUUGGGAAAAGCGGGAUCUCGUUUAUGGGGAUUGGACCAGUGGCGAGAAUUUCGAUGGGUGCUAUGAACAUUACGCAGAGUUGGAUGUCCCUGAGAGCGUCCAGCACAAUGGCUCCAUGUUCAUCCACGUGUACUUCACAAAGAGCGGGCUCCAUCCCGAUCCAAAGCAGAAGAACUCGUACAAGCGGCUCUCCACAGUCCACACGUCACGAAUGAUAAAUAAAUACAAGCGCAGACGGUUCCAGAAAACCAAGAACUUGCUAACAGGGGAGACUGAAGCGGAUCCCGAAAUGAUCAAAAGAGCCGAAGACUAUGGCCCUGUGGAGGUGAUAUCCCACUGGCACCCGAACCUCACGAUCAACAUUGUGGAUGACCAUACGCCGUGGGUGAAGGGCAGCGUUCCUCCUCCGCUGGACCAGUAUGUGAAGUUCGAUGCUGUGAGCGGCGACUACUAUCCUAUCCUGUACUUUAACGACUACUGGAAUCUGCAGAAGGAUUACUUCCCCAUCAACGAGACAGUGGAGCGGCUGCCCCUGCGCCUCUCCUACUGCCCCUUGUCGCUUUGGCGCUGGCAGCUGUACGCUGCCCAGAGCACCAAGUCCCCCUGGAAUUUCCUGGGCGAGGAUCUGUACGAGCAGUCGGAUGAGGAGCAGGACUCCGUCAAGGUUGCUCUUUUGGAAACAAAUCCAUACCUGCUAGCAUUGACCAUUGUAGUUUCUAUUGUACACAGCAUAUUUGAAUUCCUGGCUUUCAAAAAUGAUAUCCAGUUCUGGAACAGCAGGCAGUCCCUGGAAGGGCUUUCUGUCCGCUCAGUGUUCUUUGGGGUGUUCCAGUCACUCGUCGUCCUGCUCUACAUCCUAGACAACGAAACCAACUUCGUGGUGCAAGUUAGCGUCUUCAUCGGGCUUCUUAUCGACCUCUGGAAGAUCACCAAAGUUAUGGACGUCAGGCUGGAUCGGGACAAUAAAGUUGCAGGGAUCUUUCCACGCAUCACCUUCAAAGACAAAUCAACAUACAUAGAAUCGUCUACCAAAGUCUACGAUGACAUGGCUUUCCGGUAUCUGUCCUGGAUCCUCUUCCCACUGCUGGGUUGUUACGCCGUGUACAGCCUCCUCUACAUGGAACACAAGGGCUGGUACUCCUGGGUUCUCAGCAUGCUCUAUGGAUUCCUCCUGACCUUCGGUUUCAUCACCAUGACACCUCAGCUGUUCAUCAAUUACAAGCUGAAGUCGGUGGCCCAUCUUCCGUGGAGGAUGCUCACCUACAAAGCCCUGAACACGUUCAUCGACGACCUCUUCGCCUUUGUCAUCAAAAUGCCCAUGAUGUACAGGAUAGGCUGCCUCCGAGACGAUGUCGUCUUCUUCAUUUACCUCUACCAGCGGUGGAUCUACCGGGUGGAUCUGACCCGAGUCAACGAGUUUGGGAUCAGCGGAGAAAACCAAGCGUCUCAGACGACGGCAAGCAUAGCUCAGCAAGACAACCCCUCUGCACUGCCAGCCAGCAGCCCCCUCGGAGCGAUUACGGAAGGGCCAGCCAACGGAGCCCCCCCGGCAGUGACGGGGGGAGUAGCCAAUGUAGAUCCAGUAGCUGGCUCAGCGGGCUUGCCAGACGGUGUUCCCAAAGCACUCCCUUUGAAAACAGCAGAGGAGAAGAAAAAAGAUUAACCUGCUCUAACUUUUAUUUUUUAAAAUCCCUAACUUGAUGACACUCUCACUGUUGGAUAAUGGACAGAUGGCAAAGGGGUGGGACGGGACGGGGCAGGAGGGCAAAGCUGCUUCGAUCCUCCUGGGUUCAAAGCUUUUUAUUUUAUAUUCCAGUAAACUUGUGGGGGGUGGGAAAGGGAGGAAAUUGUCGGGGGGGGGAGAGAUUGAAAAGAGAGCGCUUGAGACGUUAGUGACAUUCAGUGUGACAAGCUGUAUUCCCUGGGGGAGAAACGCCACCCCGCCCGCCCGCCCCUCCGUAAAUCUGUGUUUAAAGCAAAACUCCACCAGUAAUAAUUGUGAUCUCCAUUCCAUUGUGCUGGUAUUUAGAACAUUGUUAUUAAGGAGUUCUUCUCCGACUUGUGUCUCCGUUUCAUAAAGAGAGCUGAUUAUCAGAACAAAAAAACAACAACACACACACACCAAAACCACAAAGUAUCGUUUCUCAUCAUUACAUCCUAAUAUGGACUUUGGAUUUAAUAAAUUCAUAUGGGUGUUUAAGUUAAA